UUUAAAUGCUGCAUUACAAAUUCUCGGGUUAAAUAUAUUAAAAUGUGACUAUCGUAAGAAUUCAUGGAGUAUUCGAUUUUUUGAAUUUUAUUCAAAUUUACUCGAAUUUUUUUUUUAUCCUGAAUACUCUGGCAUUAGUCUCCACGACAUUUUCCGAUAAAUUCGUAUGCGGAAACUUGUUUAACUUAUUCGUAGGUUUCAAAUACAUCAUGCAGUUAUUUGUUAUUGGUACGAUCGUAUCCUUGACUUUUCAGUUCUCUUUACUUAAACGAACUCGUUUAAAUCUUCCUAGUAGUAAAUCUUGCUAUGAAGUGGAGAAAACAUUAAUUACAUCCAUAGAAUUUCAAUUUGCAGUUUUCUUCGCAGUCACUGCUAUAUUACUAGUCAUAGGUUACUUCAUUCUUGACUUUUCUCUAUAUUUUGCCAUGGAAAAGGCAACUUCAAUGGAAUUUCUUCUUUGCAAUAUCGAUUGGGCAUUAUUGUUAUGUUUUUUAGGAGGACAAACUGUUUCCAUAAUAUUCCUUCUUUAUUAUUAUUUUCUCGUUUUAUUUAUCGGAUUUAACGCAUUGUCGAGCAAACUCGAUGUUGUUCCUCGUGGAAGGAGCAUGAUCAAAGAUCUAAUCGUAUACGUAAUCGAAGAACAUACAGAAUUAAUGGAAAACAUUCGAAACGUCAAUAAUAAACUCGAAAUGUAUUUUCCUGCUAUUUACUGCAUUAAUUUAUAUGGGUUCAGUAUCCUGAUAACAAUUUCUUUGUUUUACGAUCUACCGUCAGAGUUUAAACUGGUUGCAUUUGUUAUUAUCAUAUACGCAUUUUUCGAAUUUAUGAUAAUUUCAUUCGGUUUAUCCAGAUUUACAUCCUCGAUUUAUGGAAAUUUCAACGAGAUUAAUAAAUUUUCCUCAUGCAGAUUCUCCCUUGUUUUUAAAUUGAAGAUGCUGAAUUUUAUGAAGAGAUUCGGGAAAACACCCUUUGGAAUUUCUUUCGGUGGAUUUUUUCGAGUCAAACGCAAUUUCCCGAUUAAAAUGCUGAGUAGUCUUUACUCUAUUCUUUCUGCACUCAUCGAAUUGGCAAAGAAGAAUAAAAGUACGAAAUGUACUUCAUUACGUUCCCUGAAUGCAAGUAAUAUUCAGAACACAUCACUGUAUUGAGAACGUUUCAACGUAAAUACAUAAAAUCAACGAAGUUUCGUUGAAUUGAGGAAUAGAUCUGCAGCUUAUCGAGAUAAUGCUGAUUUUUCUAUAACUACAUACGGGAAUGAAUAUAAAACAUUUAUAAUAUUGAGUAAUUAGAAGCACUUCUUAUAUGUACGAACACAAAAAGUAAUGUACACUUGAUGAGUAGUGUAGAAAAUAAAGUUUAAAA